CUCCUGUUGAUGGGACUUGUCUGCGCCGUGCACAAGCGCUACGAUGAGGCGGAGACCUUCAUGGAGGCCGCCAAGAACCAGGCGCCCAGAGACCCCGUGAGGUGGCUCCUGCUCAGCCUCUUCUAUGAAUCUAUUUCAAGCGAUGUGCGCGCGGAUAUUACGCUGAGGGAGGCGCUGAGGAAUGAGCGUACAAAUUCAGGUGAACCGGAGCCUCACGAAAAGACAGCUUCUUCUGUGACAAUCCAGCCGUCAGAAGGUAAAUCGUCCGACAUGUCAUCAAGUCCACAGUUGUUGGGACUUUUGUCUGAUUUGGCCAAGUUGCAGACCGUAUGA